GAUGUCGUUGUGGUUUGUGUUGUGGUUUGUUCAGCCCUUUGAGACAUUAGUGAUUUAGGGCUAUAUAAAUAAUCAUUGAUUGAUUGCUUUGACAGGUAAACAACAAAAAAUGUCUUUCUUGGAACGAGGAACGCAAGGAUUCCUUGUUUACAUCCACCGGGAGUACGCAGCGAGGGUGGGGAUGACUCCGCCCUCAUUCUUUGGCCCUGACGUCAUUGUCGCUUGUGUUUUUUUUUUAUGAAUGAAAGAAUCCCACCUCAGAGAGCAGCGAAGUCAUUCCGGGAAAAGGCGCACUGACAUUUUGUCGCCGCGUUACAGGACAGCGGAUACAUUAUUGUCACAUUUAGAAGACAUCCAACACCGGGAAGGUGUACGUGGUUCGAUAACCGAACACUGGAGGAAUAUUGUCCAAAAUUGAACCCAAGGACAACGCACUUCCUUCUCAACUAGACAUGAGAGUGAAAAAUUGGAACCCUUCACACAAAGAAAGAAGAGUUUUCUGAAUCUGCGUUGACUGGUGCUUGGGCGGGGAAACCCGAGGAGAGCGGCAUCAUGGCAACCGAGAGAAACAGCAAAGCCCUGAAGGUGAAGCAGGAAUGCGGCGAGAACGUGCCCUUCCUGUCAGACAGCGAGCUCAUGUCGCUCACGGUGCGGGAGCUCAACCUCCACCUGCGCGGCAUGUCCCGCGAGGAGAUCCAGAAGCUAAAGCAGCGCCGGCGCACCCUGAAAAACCGAGGCUACGCGGCCAGCUGCCGGGUCAAGCGGGUGUCCCAGCGGGAGGCCCUGGAGCAGCAGAAGAUGGAGCUCCAGCGCGAGGUGGACCGGCUGGGGGCGGAGAACGCCGGCAUGAGGAAGGAGCUGGAGGGGCUCGGCGCUCGCCUGGCAGCGCUGCAAAGGUUCGCCAGAGGCCUGGAGGCCGGGGGAGGCAACCUGCUGGCCACGGCACCGCGCCUCAACACUGCCUCUGUCAUCACCAUUGUGAAGAGUCCGCCACAACCUCAACCACACAGGGAACAGGACCCUUCCUAGGUUCUGUAAACAGACUGGGAGGGGGGGGGAGGGGGGAGUUCAGUAGAAACAAAUACUUUACACACAAUGGAAAAUACACAACAUCAGUGCUACGCCUUGCUCGCCCACACACAGGAGUCAUUCAUUCCUGCAUUUGUGACUUCACUCUGGACCAGCCCAACCUUUUUCUCCGACUCCUCAGUCGUGCUGGUGUAAUGGCCUCAUAGUCACUUGUUUAGUUGACGUCUAGAAUUAAGUCAUGUUAGCGAGGCACUGAUGUACAGUCCUGUGAAAAAGCAUUACUAGCGUCCAUGUUCAAUGACCUCUUUCACGGCAAGGAUGACACAAAAACGACAUCCAUACCAAACCCAUCUGUUUGAAUGUACCCCUUCAGAGUAAUUAUGAGCCCUUAUGGUGGAGGUCUGCACUCUGAUGUCUGAGAUCGUGAAAGCAACAAAUGUAAUGGUUAUUUGCAUAGUUGUACAUUUCUUACGUGACCAUCGUACGUAAUACGCCUGUGUCACCAGGGCUUUUGUGUGCGGCCAAAAGGGCGGAGCUUCGUCCACUUCAGCUUUUGGCUACGCGACCAAAACACCAAAAUUGCGUGGUAAUACCCCAGCAGGCAUAAGUCAUUAAAACAAUGUUGAGAACUUACUGAAUUUGGUCCUGACGUUGAGCAACUUAAACCUAAUGUGAAAACAACAUGCUUUUUGACAACGUUUAUUCAAUGCCAGGGUCCGACCAAGACCUGACUGUUGAAAUUUGGUCAUUCCACAAAUACAACCUUGAACUAAUGUGCUUUUUGAUGACGUUUAAUCAAUGUCAGGUUCUGGCGAAGACUUGACUAUUGAAAUUUGGUCAUUUCCCAAAUACAACCUUGAAAUAACGUGCUUUUUGAUGACGUUCAAUCAAUGUCAGAGUCUAAUGUUGAUUUGACCAUUGAAAUUUGGUCAUUUCAAUAUUCCACAACACAAAUAUAACCUUGAGCAAACAUGCUUUUUGAUGACAUUUAAUCAAUGUCAGGUUCUGACGUUGAUUUGACCAUUGAAAUAUAGUCAUUUAAAUUUUCUACAACACAAAUACAACCUUGAACUAAUAUGCUUUUUGAUUAUGUUUAAUCAAUAUCAGGGUCUGACAUUGGUUUGACCAUUAAAAUUUCAUUUCCGAGCCAACAACGUGGGUCCAACUAGAGAUACCAACGUUGUCUCAAUUUAUAAAUACAACUAUUUUGCAAUGUUGUAUCAAUGUCUUGUGCUUGCUGGGACAAUGUCUGUAUUCCGUGUUGCUUAAAUAUCGGUUCAAACUUACACUUUCUCCACCUCAGUGGCACAACAGGGUUGCGGGCGGCUCGCGUAUCCCACGAACGAUUACAGGAUUUGUUUUAUUCCAAGCCAAGCAUGCUGGAAACUGGGGGCAAUAUGACUUUUAGAUAAAAAUAAAAAAGCUAUUACGGCGGAACGCCUGCUGGAGGAUGGCUGAUGUUGAGGGUUUGUAUUGCCGGUGGCACACCGACACAGUGCCUUCAGUACUUGUGAGAGGUAUGAAACCACACCUGGUGUAAAACAGUUCCUAGCGUACAGUUCCACUCGCAGCACAGCGUCCUCAUAUCUGCUCGACUCCCAACACGCGUUGGUCAUCACCUUUUCUUUGUCGUUGAAACUGCGGCCGAUCCCCCGCACACAUUCCUAUUUACGUGUUCUUAUUUGUAAUGUCUGUAUGUGCCGUCGAGACGCAAAUGUUGAGUGACAUUUAUCAGAGAUAUAUUCUAUAUUUUAUUUGUAUUUAAAGGUUUUGACAAGUUAACGAGUGCUGUGAUGUUCUCUAUGUUUUCAGUACUUCCAUAGUCUGGGGGGGAAAGAGGGGCGGGGUUAUCCAUGUGUCUAAUUCUCGUAAUGUGUGACAACGAUUCCUACUUCACAAGAUGUUUCAUUAUUAGCUCUGUAGAAAUAUGCUCAAAGCCGACGGCCGUAUUGCUGUGAUGAUUUGUGCACGUGUGUUUUUUGCCAUGUUUGUACUGGCUUGCAACAGUGGAUUCUUGGAGGGAUGUUAUUUUUCUAUGAUUGAUUUCUGUUUUUGUUUGUCGUGUGAAAAUGGGGAAGGCCCAGCAGAAGCUUAGGCAAAAGGGCGCAGGGGACGAUAUACGGAUUGCAGAGGUGGAUGUUGGAUGAUGGGUAAAGAAAGUGGUCAAGAAAGCAAAGGAAAGUGUGAAGAGAGUUAGUUGCGUGUUCACUUGAAAAACCUGCAAUGAGUCGGCCACUGAGUCAUACUUUAGACAUUGUAACACAAUUAGACUCGUGUUGAAAAUAAAUCAAAUAUAUGAGGCUCAUAUUUAGCUGUAUGAAUAUGUGUGGUUUAAAAAAUACAUUUAUUAUCUAUAUUUCCAAUGUCUCACCUUUUGUCAAUUUGUGCUGGAUGUUUUGUGAUAAUUGCAAAACAAAAAUGGUCUUUGUAUUUAUUGUACUUUUUCUAUUGUGAAAAUUGAAGUACAUCAUCUAUUUUAUAUAUUAAUUAUAAUAAAUGUUGUACAUAUUGUACAUAAAAA